AUGACAUCCCUUUCAAACAAACUGCUCCGUAACCAAUUCAUUUCAUCUCUAGUCUUCCUUCUUGUUGUCGUCAUCCUUGAUUUCGUUUGUUCAUCCACUGCUUCUAUUUCCUCUGUAACUUCUCCUUUCAUUCACACUAACAAUAAGGUUAAGGCUGGAAGCAAUCCUUGCAAUUGGGUUGGAAUAAAUUGCGACAAGUCUGGAAGCGUCACCCAUCUAAACCUUUCAAGUCACAGUUUGAGAGGUACGCUUCACAAUCUAAGCUUUCAUUCCUUCCCCAAUCUACUCAGUGUUGACCUUUCUUACAACUCACUAUUUGGAACCAUCCCCUCAAAUAUUGUUCACCUCUCUAAACUCUCAGUUCUAAUCCUUUCUUAUAAUCAAUUCACUGGGAGAAUUCCUUCCGAAAUAGGCCAAUUGACAAGUCUUCACAUCUUUUACCUUGUUGAAAAUGGUAUGAGUGGCCUUAUCCCUAAAGAAUUAGGAAGGUUAACUUCUUUGAGUGAACUUGAUUUAUCAUCAAAUAAUCUCACAGGUGUCAUCCCUACUUCUCUUGGAAACUUAAGCAACCUAACCACUCUAUAUCUUUAUGAGAACCAACUUUCUGGUUCCAUGCCUCAAGAAUUAGGAAUGCUAAGUUCUCUGAUUGACCUUGAGUUAUUCAAAAAUAGACUCACAGGUGUCAUCCCUGCUUCUCUUGGAAAUUUAAGCAACCUAACCACUCUAUAUCUCCAUACGAACCAACUUUCAGGUUCCAUCCCUCAAGAAUUUGGAAUGCUAAGUUCUCUUACUGGCCUUGAGUUAUCAACAAACAAUCUCACAGGUACCAUCCCUGCUUCUCUUGGAAACCUGCGCAAAUUGACCACUUUAUAUCUUUUUGAAAACCAACUUUCUGGUUCCAUCCCUCAAGAAUUAGGAAUGCUAAGUUCUUUGACUGACCUUGAGUUAUCAACAAACAAUCUCACGGGUGUCAUCUCUGCUUCUCUUGGAAACUUAAGCAGCUUAGCCACUUUAUAUCUUCAUACGAACCAACUUUCAGGUUUCAUCCCUCAAGAAUUAGGAAUGCUAAGUUCUCUGACUGACCUUGAGUUAACAACAAACAAUCUCACAAGUACCAUCCCUGCAUCUCUUGGAAACUUAAGCAAACUGACCACUUUAUAUCUUUUUGAAAACCAACUUUCUGGUUCCAUCCCUCAAGAAUUAGGAAUGCUAAGUUCUCUGACUGACCUUGAGUUAACAACAAACAAUCUCACAGGUACCAUCCCUGCUUCUCUUGGAAACUUGAGCAAACUAACCACUUUAUAUCUUUUUGAAAACCAACUUUCUGGUUCCAUCCCUCAAGAAUUAGGAAUGCUAUGUUCUCUGACUGACCUUGAUUUAUCAAGAAACAGUCUCACUAAUGCCAUCCCUACUUCUCUUGAAAAUUUAACUAAACUCACAUAUUUAUCUUUGUUCUCGAAUAAGUUAAGCGGCCCUCUUGAAAUGAACAACCUCACUCAAUUAGAGGAAUUGCAUUUAUCAUACAACCAAUUCACUGGUCAUUUGCCAGAAAAUGUAUGUCGUGGUGGAUUGCUUGAGAAUUUCACUGCAAGUGAUAAUCAUUUUAUUGGUUCAAUACCAAAAUCCUUGAAGAACUGCACUAGCCUUUUUAGAGUUCGGCUUGAGGGAAAUCAACUUACUGGAAAUAUAGGAGACAAUUUUGGUGUAUAUCCACACUUAGACUACUUGGAAUUGAGUUAUAAUAAAUUUUACGGUGAACUUUCAACUAAUUGGGGGUAG